AUGUCACCUUCCCGCACGCAAUUCUCGCCUUCCAGCUUCGCGUUUUCCAUUGCCCGCCUCUCAAUCUCCCCUUUCCACCAUCCGUACAAAACUCCAGCCGACUCCCUUUCUCCCCUUCCCGCAUCCCAUUCUCCCCUUCCCAAGUCCCGAUCCUCUUCCUGCCUCCCGUUCUCCCAUUCCCGCCAUGCGAUCUCCUCUCCCCCUCUUGAUCUCCUCACCCCGCCUCCCGUUCUCCUCUCCCUGCCUCCCGUUCUCCUCUCCCUGCCUCCCGUUCUCCUUUACCCGCCUCUCAAUCUCCUCUCCCCGCCUCAUAACAUUCUGACACCGCUCUCCUCUCCCCGCCUCCCGAUCUCCUCUCCCCGCCUCGUUCUCCUCUCCCCGCCUCCUGUUCUCACCACCCUCCCUUCCCUCUCCCUUCUCUCCCUUCCCGCCCUUCUCUCCCUGCCCUCCCUGUCCUCCCUUCCCUACCUUCUCUCCCUUCCCACCCUUCUCUCCCUGCCCUCCCUGCCCUCCCUUCCCUACCUUCUCUCCCUUCCCGCCCUUCUCUCCCUGUCCUCCCUGCCCUCCCUUCCUUACCUUCUCUCCCUUCCCGCCCUUCUCUCCCUGCCCUCCCUGCCCUCCCUGCCUUCCCUUCCCUACCUUCUCUCCCUUCUCGUCCUUCUCUCCCUGCCCUCACUGCCCUCCCUCCCCUACCUUCUCUCCCUUCCCGCCCUUCUCUCCCUGCCCUCCCUGCCCUCCCUUCCCUACCUUCUCUCCCUUCCCGCCCUUCUCUCCCUGUCCUCCCUGCCCUCCCUUCCUUACCUUCUCUCCCUUCCCGCCCUUCUCUCCCUGCCCUCCCUGCCCUCCCUGCCCUCCCUUCCCUACCUUCUCUCCCAUCCCGCCCGUCUCUCCGUGCCCUCCCAGUGUGAAGAUUACGAGGAAUGA